AUGCAUUUAAUCCAAAUUUUAUCUAUUUUAUGGAUUUACUGGAAUUAUAUAAGAAGCUUAAAAAUACAAAAAGAUGGAUAUAAACAUAUUCAUACAUUUUUAAAUCCAUGGAUUUCAAAAAAAAAAAUAAAAAUAAAGAAUCCUAAACAUGAUGUCUAUUUAAAAACAGAGAAAAAUAUUUAUGAAAUAAUUUUCAAUAAAGAUGAAAAAUUAUCAAAAGAUAUAUUAAAUAAAAAAAAAAAAAAAAAAAUAAUACUUAAUGGAUAUAAUAAGGAACAAAACAAAGUUAAUAAUAUCUUUAAAGAAUGGAAAACACAUAAUGAAAUAUUUUUAAAAAAAUUUUGCUCAUUUAUAAAUAUAGAAAAUGAUAUAAAAAACAAAGAAUUACAAAAUGUAACAAAAUAUAAUUCAUUGUUAUUCACAAAAUGGGAAAAUCCUAAAAAUACUUUCAAUAUGUAUAGUAAUACAUAUAAAGAUCAAGAAAUAAAAGAAAAAAAUAAUUUAAUAGAUGAAAUAAUACAACAGGUUGAAAUUUAUUGGAUAUCUAUUUUAAAAAAUCGAUACUUUUUUUAUUUUUUAAAAAAAAAAAAAUAUAUAAUUUUCAGCGUAAGUGCAGGGGUAGAUUCAUUGGCUCUUUUGUAUUCAUUUAUUUUUACAAUUUACAAAAUAAUAAUAAUAAUAUUAUAUAAAGACAAUUUAAAUUAUUUAGAUAUUUUAGACAAAAUAAAAAAUAUAUAUUUUUAUAAACAUGAAAAUAUAUAUAAUCUUAUUCAGGAAAAAAUAGCAAAACUAAAUCAUAUUUGUAAUAAUAAUUCAGAAUGUUUUUGGAUAAAUAAAAUAUAUUUUUUCCUUGGCAUUUUAAAUAAAAUAACAGUUUUAUAUUGUGAUCAUAAAACCAGAAUUGAAUGUACCCAAGAAAAAAAAUUUUUAAAACAUAUUUGUAAAUUAUAUAACUUAAAAUUUGCUACUAAAAUUUUAACAAAAAAUAAUAUUAUGAAAACUAAGGAUAGAAAUAUAUUUGAUAAUAAUAAUUUUAAAAAAUCAAAAUCACAAAAUAAUUUUUUAUUAAUAUCUAGAUUAUGGAGACAAAAUUCAUACAUUGAAUUGACAAAUAAAAUUCUUAAACAAGAAAUAAAAGAACUUAUAAAUGAAAAAAAAAAACAUUCUAUUUGUGAUUUUAAAAAAGGAACAAAUUAUAAAUAUAGUGAAUAUUUAAAUGAUAUAAAUAUAUAUCUUAAAAAAUUGUAUAAAAAAAAUGUGUGUAAUAUUUUAUUAAAAAAUUAUAAAAAAUUUCCUAAAUAUUUUUCAGAUUUUUUUUUUAAAAAAACAGAAUUUCUCAAAAAUAGUAAAAAAAUAAAAUCUAUUAUAUUUCUAGGGCAUCAUCAAAAUGAUAAUAAUGAAACAAUGUUAUUUCAUUUUUUUAGAGGAAUAUAUAUUAAAAAUUUAAAAGGAAUAAAUUUUUUAACUUAUUUUAAAAAUUGUUUAUUGUAUAGACCAUUUAUUAAAUUAAAUAAAAUACAAAUUUACAAUUAUAUGUAUGCAAUUAAAAAAAAAUGGAAAUAUGACAUAUCAAAUCAAAAGUUAUAUAUUUCACGAAAUUUUAUUAGAAAUAUUUUAAUACCAAAUAUUUCUCUUAUAUUUGAAAAAAAUAAAAAAAUAAAAAAAGAUAAUGAAAAUAUUACCAAAACAACUAUACACACAAAAUUUGAAAAAAAUGAGGAAUUGGAAAAUGCAAAGAUAUAUGCUUAUUCCUCGUUAAAUAAAAGACUAACAAAUUUAUCAUCACAAAUAAAAAACUUAGAUAAACAUUUAGAAUUUCAUAAUAAUAUAUUUUAUAUUUAUCUAAAGAAUAAAUAUUAUAUUUCAGAUAAUAUAAAAAUAAAGACAAAUAAUUUUUUUAUUAUCGAAUAUAUGAAAAUGCAAAAUAAUUUAUAUAAACAUUUUUUUUUUAAUACAAAUGUUAAUAAUAUAAUAAAAAUUAAUAAAUUAUUAUAUAAAAAUAAUAUUUUUUUAAAAAUUUUCAAUUUUUAUGAAUUUUUAAUUCUUUCAUCAAAAUUAGCUAGAAUUGAAGCCCUAUAUAACAUUAUAAAAAGUUAUGUUAAAACGAAUUUAAAUUAUUCUAUUAUUGAUCAAAUAUAUAAUGAAUUGUUUUUAUUUGCAAUUAACAAUUUAAGAGAUCAACAUUUGCAGAAACAUAUAACAUAUAAGAAUAUUAAUUUAUCAAAUAAAAUUGAAAAUGAUAUUAAUAUUAUAUUAAAUAAUAAAACAAAUACUAGGCCCAAUGUCGAAAUAAGCAAACGAACAGAUUUUGAAACAAGCCCAACAAAUAUAUUUUAUAAAAAACUAAAAAUGAUAAAUAUAAAUGGGAAAAGUAAAAUUGUUGUAAAUAAUAACUUGUUUUGUAUUAUCAAUAACCAUACUGACGAUGUUUCAAAUCCAAAUUCAAUACAACGAUAUAAAGACAAAAGUUCGAAUGUAUUCAUUCAUGAUAAUAUUUCAGCAAAAGUGAAAAGAAUAAAUAAAAAAAGUUUUGAUAUUCAAAAAACCAAAACAAAAAAUGCUUAUUUAUUUAUUAAAAAACGAAAAAAAAAAAAAAAAGAAAAAUUUAAUAUACACAUUCGUUACCUAAAAAAAAACGAUUUAAUUAUUAAUGAUAACCAAAAAAAUAAAUAUAUGAAAGCUACAAAAUUUUUAUUAAAACAUCAUAUUCCUUAUAUUUAUAAAUACUUUUUGCCAAUUGUUGAAAUAACAAAUUUUAAAAAAAGUGGUAUUCUUUUUUUCUUUUUAUUUGGUAAAUUAGCAAAUGAUAAAUUUGCAUUGCGUUAUUCAAUUAAAAAAAAAAAACUUCAAAAUAAUUUUAUAUAUUCCAUAAAAUUUAAAAAUAAUGAUGAUUCUUUUAUAUAG